UGAUUGUGAUCGGAUCGGAAAAGUUUCUGUACCCGUUUAAGAGACUGUUGCGUCCCUACUCGAGCUGGAAUUGCGUGGAAAUUUCGGUUGUCUGUGAUUUCGUGGCUAAUUUCGAAUAAGACGUGUUUCAGUAUUAGUUUAUUGCUGAUUGUUGAAUAGCGAGGAAUUUUUAAGUGUUAUAAAUUGUGAAUAUUGAUAGUAGUGAUACAAACAUAAACUUGUGGGGUGUUGGAUGUUCUCAGUGGGAGUAUUCGUGAAUUGGAAAACUGUUUGAAGGCGGGUAGGAUAACGUGAUUCGAUACUGCUUAGCUGGUAUGUUUUGAUUGUCCAAUUAUGCCGGGAUCAGUGACUUGAUUCACCUAUAGUAGAUUAACUACGAUGAGCCAUUAUUUACUGUUAUUUACGCUAAGUUGUUCGAGUUGCAAAGCUGUUCACAAUUCACAACUAACUGGACUACCGGGCAAAAUCUUGAAGACAAACUAUGGAAACCGGCAUCUUGAAUUGAUCCCUGACAGUGUAGCGAAGCCCGAGCUUACACACAAUCUGAUCUAUCCUGUGCGGGCUGUCCGGCGUCGGACAAACUACGUACGGGCACACAUACACACAGCCACACAUGUACCCGGAGGAAUGGACACAAAUUUAAUCCUGACGAAUGAGUAACAAAAGCUCCCGUCUCUGGUUGCCUCGUCGUCGUUGACCACCCCGAGCCGCUUAUUUGUUCGGUCCCGAACCUACGGAAUCCUACGGAUCAGCAGGUUGCUGGCAAAAACGAAUAAAUUUUAAACAAAAGACUGGACCUGCUCUGGACCGUUCCCAGACCGUUGCUAGCAUGAUAGUGAGUAAUAAAUUAAUGAAGAUAAAAGAGACCAGGUUUGUGAGGUAGUGAUGAGAAGGGAUCGGAGGUGAAACUCGGAUGCAAAGAAGGAUUUUAUUACACCGACCAAGCGGACAGUCCUAGUGAGUUACACUAAUAGAAAACCAAAGUGGUUGGGAAAAUCGAAGUGACCAACCCUCGAGAGUAACGAAAAAAAAAAUUCAGUAAGUCGAGAAGAGAAAUAUUCAUUUGAAACACGAAGCAGGGAAAGUGAAAACCAAAUCCAAAAUAAACUACAUUGAGCAAAGCAGCAGUAACAAAAAAAAAUAAAGCAGUGAGAUGCAGGAAGUUGAGUAUUUUAACGAUACCUUGAACGGAAGUGACGGUGUUGGUAAUAACGCUAGCGAUGAGCACGGAGGGCAGCCGGAGAAGAAGCACCAUUCACGGAAAUGUAGCUACGAUUUACUGGACCACCGCGAGUAUAACAAAUGCGAUGAAAAUGUAAAUUACACCGCUGAUCCUCUGCUGGCGUUCACUUCGCCGUCGUCCUCGGAAGACGAUAACUCACCCACGGAAAUGAACAACUGUAUCAAGUUCGGGGAGAAGCCGACACUGAUUAAACGCUUCGCCAUGGGUUUCCUGCGUUCGACGGAAGACAGUCUCCCGCUGGUGUACCAUAAAUCGUCACCGACGUCACCGCAGAAGCAGCUGAACAACAUCCUGGCGGAAGAUAUUUACAGUCUGGAUCAAAUCGUGUCGAGUAAAUUCGGCGAUUCGUGCAAACAGUCCUUCAUCGCCCAUCAUCACCACCACCACCAUCAUCAUCAUCAUCAUCUUCACCAGCAGCAACACCCGGUGGCACCGCCAUCACCGCUGAUGCUGCGACACGGUAAUGACGUGGAGUACGAGUUCCGGCGCAAUCUGCUGAUCCGAAAGACUAACAGUGCCAACUCGAGCCCGAAGCGAUUCGUACCGAACAUCAAGCGAACGGAUAGUUUGAACAGCAUCGAGGAUAAUGAUCUGGACAGUGCGUCCUGGUUCCAAGCCGGGUUGCCUCGGGAAAUCUCACUCGAGGUGCUCACUCAGCAAGCUCCCGGUGCUUUUCUGGUCCGGAGGAGCACCACGAAGCAGGGCUGUUUCGCACUGUCGCUCCGCGUUCCGCCACCAGGCCCGAAAGUGGUGCACUAUCUGAUACUGAAAACCGAACGGGGGUACAAAAUUAAGGGCUUUACGAAGGAGUUUUCCUCGCUGAGAGCACUGAUAACGCACCAUUCGGUGAUGCCGGAAAUGCUUCCGGUUCCGCUGUCGCUUCCCCGGCCCCAGAACAUUCCCAUCAAAUGUAAGCGCGUUGACGAUUAUGACAGCUACAGCAAACUGCACGAGUUCUCCAAACUGUUCUCCGAUUUGGAUCUAUGAUGGUAAACCAUUUUAUUUUACUGUGGCUUUGGAAAAAAAGAAAAAGAAAAUAACCUGAAAAAGCACUCCGCCCGAGUGGAAAUGGAUCCCCUGUUGGCGGGUACUUUUGAUACUUUUUGACGAGAUUGUAAAUAUCCCAUUCGAUCGUUACUUACCUGGGCGUAACUGUGGAGGUGACAGGGUGUCAGGAAGUGCCCUAAAUAUUAUCAAGUCCUAUUCUCGAAGUCGAUGGAAACCCGAAAAAAAAUAAAAUUGAAAAUCCGACAACCAUGGAUGCGCAGCGUUGCCUAAGUUUACAAUCGAAACCCCUUUACCUAAUUGAAAAUACAACUGUAAUCAUUUGAUAUUGUGAUAUAGAAUUAAAUGUAAAUGUGAAAAGCUCUGUUCGUUCUCUGCGGAUUGCGAUAGAUUGGUUAGAAUAAAGCACUAUAGCUGACACGUAAUGAAAAAGGUGAAUGGUCCUAUUGGAAAAACGAAAUUGAAAAUAAAUUACCUUAACAGUUAUGUCGAAUUGAAAACGUA